CCUGUGCUGGCCUAGUUCAUAUCCAUCACCACAAGAACUCGGUUCUAGCUUCCUCCUAGAGAAGUUUUUGGUCAGUUGAUCAUUGGUUUGCCGAUCGGCCAUGGCUGAUGAGGAGAAGAAGCACCACCACCUGUUCCACCGCCACAAGGACGGGGAGGACGAGAGCCCCGCGGAGGUGGACUACGAGAAGAAGGAGAAGAACCACAAGCACCUGGAGCAGCUCGGCGGGCUUGGCGCCGUCGCUGCUGGCGCCUACGCUCUGCACGAGAAGCACAAGGCGAGGAAGGACCCCGAGAACGCGCACGGGCACAAGGUGAAGGAGGAGAUCGCGGCGGUGGCCGCCGUGGGCGCCGCCGGGUUCGCGUUCCACGAGCACCACGGGAAGAAGGACGCCAAGAAGCACGGCAACAACUGAACUGGCUAGGCUGCUAGCAGCCUGCCUGUGAUCGUCGUCUCUUCUGCUUCGUUCAGUGCUCGUGCUUGUGAGGUUAAUUUGUUAAGAUUGGUCGUGCUUUAAUUUGCUUCGUCGUUAUUGCGUGCAUGCACGCGUGCGAGUGAGUAUCUGUAUACGUGUGAGGCCACGCCGCCAUGGACUGGUACUAGUUUCCUGCAUGCCAGGCCGGCUGCUCUGUGUCUAGUUUGCCACUAAAAAUAAGUUCUCCUGAAUCGAUUACCAAUUCUCUCAUUGCAA